AUGAGAUGCGAAGCACGAGGACUACGCGCCGCGGAGCUGGCGGGAACGAACAAGGCGGAAGUUAAGAAGCCAAAGCUGCCGAAGAAGGGAGCGGGAACGGCGGAGGGUCAAGGGGGCACCUGGCGGGGGCCGCCUGAGAUGACGACCCUGAGACGGGGUAUCGUGACACCCCGAUACAACACCUACGUCCUGGUCUCGCUGAUCGGACUAUUGCUUCAGACGCAGUCCGCGACGGGCGGCAUGUGCUGGUCUUCUAUCAGCAACGGUCGCUGCAAGGAAUUGUUGUCGCGACAAGUGACAAAGGAAAAUUGUUGCGCGUCGAACGCAGCUGCAGCGACCGCGUACUCCGAGGAAGACCUCGAUAGCGGAAAGAUCUUCUUCUGGGGCGUACUCGGAGGAGGUGUGCAGUGCCGUCCUUGCAGAGAAAGCUGCACGGAGGUGAGGUGCGAGGAGGGGAAGAAGUGCGUGGUGCGCAGGGGAAGGCCAAGGUGCGUGUGCAACCCCGAGUGCAAGGCGCCAAGAGGUGGUGGUCCGGUUUGCGGGACCGACGGGAAGAGUUACAAAAAUCUGUGCAGGCUGAAGAAACGGGCCUGCAAGAAGGGAAGCCACGAGCUAGCGGUCGCCUAUAAGGGCCACUGCCAAAGUUCGUGCGCACGGGUCCGGUGCGGCCAAGGCCGGAGCUGCCUGUUGGACCAGAACCUGAGCCCGCACUGCGUGAAGUGCGCCCGCAGGUGCCCACAGCCGCCCCCGCAACAGCGAGCCGCCGCACGCCCCGUUUGCGGGGCCGACGGAAACACCUACAAGAGUGCCUGCCACCUGCGACUUGCCGCCUGCCGCGCAGGUCGCGCCAUUCCCGUCGCCUAUAAGGGCCACUGCAAACAGAACGCAGACUGUACUACGAUUCGUUGUCGCGAGGGGCAGACGUGUCUGUCGGAGAUGAAGUCGGGCCGACCACGUUGCGUGACCUGUACCUAUCGUUGUCCCCGGAAGCGGGAGCGCGUCCGGAACCGGACACACCGUGAUCGAGAUCCAUCGGCGACCAUGUUGUGCGCCACCAACAAUAUCACCUAUCCCAGUUGGUGUCACAUCGUCAAGGACGCCUGCGUUACCGGCUUCGUCCUCGAGACGCGACACGCCGGCCCCUGCAACGCCUACGACACCUCUCCUCUUUACAUUGAGGAGGACAACACAUCGAGCAACUAUGGCGUCGAUCUGGCGGACGAGGACGCGAGAUUCGAGGACGCCGAAUCGGAGUCGUUAUCGUACAACGGCCAGACGCAUCGUUCCCUGGCGUUAUCGUAGCGCGCGAUCGAUCGAGAUCGGUCGAUCCACCUCGCUGCAAGAUAAGUCGUAGAUCCUUCUAUGUCUCACUUCUCUCUCUCUGUCUAUGUAUCGACUGUUUAGGGGGAUCCACGAAGCGACGCGCGAUUUUCGAGCCAGAGUUAUCGAACGCGCGAGACUUCUGGGGGAUCUUGUGGACAAAGAACGACGCAAAACCGGACACGUAGCGCUUCCUACAGCGGGAUGCAUUUCGAAAGGCACGGCCAUUAAUUCUCGAUACGGGAUAAGCUAGAUUAAGGGCGGAUCAGUAUUCUUUUCUCCGUUCGCGGAGGAGCUGAGCGUGGAAAGCUGUGCGAAUCGAGACGGAUCUACGCUUUCGCGGUCGCGGAUCGCGUUUCUUGGACCCUGGAACCACUGGCUGUCUAUUUAUCAUUAACGUUUGACCCGGAGUAAUGAUUCUUGAAACGAAUCGCGAAAGACGACGUUCGUCUUGAGAAUCGUUGCUGUAAAGACUUGUUAAGAGAAUAUUUAACAAAGCAAAAUAAAUUGCAGUGGCUCCCAAGGAUCACCUCGACACCUGAAUACGCGUUGUCGGUGUUCCGUUAGGCGAACCGUUCGAUCGCGAAAGCGUCGAUAUCGUCGUAUGGACGCGGUUCGCGAUCUUCCGAGGGACUUUGAAGUUAGUUGUUCUGUGGCGUAGCGAUGUACUUGUUAUCACUCGACGAGCGUAGAUCGGACACAUUGAAUCUUAGAGCCCAAAGAGCAUAGGACGCGUGUAAACCGUUUUGCGGCAACACUCGCAGAAUUGAUCACGAUCGCGUUUAUUAUACGGUGCAUAGGCGAGUGUUUUUUUUUUUUUUUUUUUUAAAUUCAACGGACGUCGCACGACUGUUUAUCGUGAUCGUCAGCCUGAUUCUGGUAACGUGACCGUGACACGAGUACAGAGCCAGGAGUUUGCUCGAGAAACAACGAGAUUCCAGCCUGUCGAAGAAUCGUAAAACGAGAAUGCUUGAUUACUGAUUCUUCGGGGGUUUGCUUGUUUAUUUAUUUUUGAAAGUUUCUCAGCCAGCUGGAAUCCGGGAGUUCUCUUCCUCUUGGAGCGUCCGGUACCGUCCAGGAUAGCUUCUAAAGGUAAUUUCGCACGAAAAGAACUCGUUUACGUAGACCUCGACCUUCCACGAGUUUGAGAAAUUGACGAACGUCUUGUAGAAUGCAAGCUAGCUUCGAGGACACAAGUUUCGUACGAUAGAAAUUCAGAUUUCAGUUUCAAGACUGGACGGAAUGAAAGACAACAUUUCUCAAGAUUCAGUUUCUUAAAUUUCUUCACUUUUAAAUAAACCGUAACGCACGAAUUCCUUAAACGUAUUUAUUGAAAGCCACGCGUGAACGAUCGAGGAAUUAUUUAUUUUUUUUAGCGAGUAACUGUAAUAUGGACGAAUGAUAAAAACAUUUCUUUUCUGAAGACAGUUCGAUUCUCUUACGUGGAGUUAAUAACC